CAGCGGAGAGCGCGAAGAAACGUGAAAAAAUCGAAACCUCUGUCGCACGGUGUGUGGGAUGAAAAACGUUGUUGCUAUGCGGUUGAGAUGUUGAAAUUCGGUUAAUAAAAAUGAUUUCUAGACCGCGCGAUGUUGUAGUUAUUAGGAUAUUUAGUGAUAGCGGUAAAAGAAUGGACGGUGUUUGACAAGUGAGAAUCGGGAUGCAAGCAGCAGCCUGAAAAACAUGGCCGCUCAAAAACAUAUGACAAAGGAUAAAGCGUUGCGCUGCUUCUGUAGGACGAACAAAACACCGACAUUUGAUUGUUGAGAAAUUGUCAGAUUUCGAAUUCAGCAUAGCAAAGAGCCAUGAAUACGAAUGGAGAAUGGGGUCAAUCGCUUCGGUGCUACAGUGGCAUUGUGCAAAGUGUUCUCUCAUAAACCCGACCGAGAGCACGAGCUGCGCCAGGUGCGGAGAACUUCGUAGGGUUUACGAUAAUAAAACAAAUCCCGAAACAUCAUCCUCGAACAGUUCAAAUGUCUGUGAAAAAAAUAAUCCCGAUUCCGCGGACUCUACGCCUCCAACACCGCCACCACGACUCAAUUUUACGAAUCAGUUAAAAUGCUUCACGCCGAAAACUAGCUACGUUUACCAUCAAAAACCGUUCUCACUUACCGUAAAAAAUAACAACGUCCUUCCGUCUGGGACUGAUCCCGGAUCAAGAAGCUCGGAGAAAAUAUCUCGGCGUAACUCUUGGUCUGGGAGGACGAGGAUUGAAUCUGUAUCAUUAAAGCACAGUGUAUCUCUACCUUUGUUACCUGCUCGCUGGAUUUGCAUCAGAUGUUUGCAACCAAACAGCCAGAGCACAUUGGCUAAGUGUAUCGCCUGUGGAACCGUUUCUUUGCCCGCAUCGAAUCAAGAAGGUCAUAUUUGGACACGGAAAGCGAGGAGACCCGAAGUUCGCAAGCUCAAAAAUCUUCACCUGAACGAUGACGAGGAUCCAGCUAAAAGUUCGUCUUCGGGACUGGAGGACCGUGUUUUAAAUGUCAAAUCCAUCGCACCAUCAAUUCCUUCGAACCUCGAUAAAACCAACAAAGACAUGGCCCAACUAACCAGCCUCGGUCGUAGCGACAGAACAAGAUCCAACCGAGAAAGUUGGACGCUACCUCCCGUCGAAACCAUGGAUUCGCCAUCAAUAGCCUAUACAGAUAACAUAGAUAGUUCUCAGCGUUCACCGAAGCGUCACAGUCCUUCGGUGUACGAGCGUGUGAAAUCUAAAGUGAGCCGUUCGUUGUCGAAUGGUUCAGUUGUUCAAAAGUUAUCGGAAGCUGGGAUCCAAAGACCAACUAGUCUCAUAGUUUCGGAGGUGCAGCAAGACAAUGCCCUGUGGAGCUGCGAUAACUGUACCCUAGAUAACGCACCUGGCUUGGAACAAUGUGAGGCGUGCGAAGCACCUAGGAGCCCUGCACCCUGUAGCGGUGUAGUUAUAAGUGUACCGGCGUGGGAACCGAGAGCGCUUUCUUCUGCAGGCCCUCCAACAUACCGGCGAUCAUUUUCGGAAGUUGAUUCUGUCACUAAUAAUGUAAUACAGAGAAAAACUGCAAACCGUCGUAGUUUAAAUGACGAAGAACCUCCGGCUGUGCCACCACACUCUGUCGGGUUUAAUUCAAAACCAAAGUAUUCAUACAUAGGGAUAUCUGAUCCAGAAACGCCACCACCACUGCCAAGAAAACAGAAUAGCAAAUUGGGCAUCACGGCUGCAAAAACACUCACUGAGUCGAUAAAUACGGCUGGUGAGGCAGCAGAGGCUGGGCCUCUAAAGCGUAUGUGGACUUGCCGGAAAUGUUCCUAUGCCUACAACCCUCUCUGGUCAACCGGAUGUGAUAUCUGUUCAUCUUCAAGAUCACCUCCGUCUUUGGCUCAACCAAGUUUAAUUACGGUAACUAAAGACGGAGCAAGUUGUAGAUCACAGGCCUCGUCACCCAUCAUUGUUUCACGAGACAGCGUAAGGUAUACUCCACCAAAAUCGGCGACCUUAGCAACAGCGGAGGCUGAUCUAGACGAUCUCAUCGAAUUGCCAUCACCUGCCUGGACUUGUAAAAAAUGUACGUUACUAAAUGCUGCUACAAGGACAACGUGUGAAGCCUGUGCCGGGUCCAAGUUGAGAAGUGUCAGUCAUCUCGAUGAUCCAACGUUAAGAAAAGGGGAAAGCUGGGUUUGUCCAUCAUGCACUCUGCGGAACCCAUUAACUGCACAGAGCUGUAAUGCCUGCAAAACCUUUGCUGAUUUCCUUGAAGUACCGAGGGAUAACAGAGUGUCAGGACAAAGAAGUCCCAGUCCCAGGUUGACUUGUCCACCUUCGGCAAGCGCAAGAGCAGUUACACCUAGGCACAGGAAUUCAGUUCGUAGAAACGGAUCUGGAGCAGGAGAUAAAAGGCAAUCUAGGACCAAAGAAAAUAUCCACGCACAAUGGCAAUGCAAAUUGUGCACCUUUGAGAACAAAAGUACGAACGGAAGUUGCGAAAUGUGCCAAAGUUCCAAGACUCUGUCUCAAAUUCCUGGGGACAGGCUUAGGCUCGGCGAACCUGGAACUAGUACUCUGAGAAUUCAAAGACAGGAAAGUGUUGUUAUGGAAAAUUUACGCCAAAUUGAAGAGAGAGAAGCCUUAGAAAAAUGGGAAAGAAUCGUUCGGUACUGUAAAGAGACAAACGAACCGUUUGUCGACGACUCUUUUCCCCCAGCUCCAAAAUCAUUGUACUACAAUCCUGCGGAAACGAAAGAUAACCAUGUGGUUCAGUGGAGAAGACCGCAUCAAAUAAAUGUUGACUCAAGUGUCGAUUCCAAGUUACCCUGGGCAGUCUUUAGGACACCCUUACCUUCCGAUAUAUCUCAAGGUGUUUUAGGAAAUUGUUGGCUUCUAUCCGCGCUAGCAGUACUUGCCGAAAGUGAUGAAUUGGUGAGAAGAGUGUUAGUUAUGAAAGAAACUUGUCCCGAAGGGGCGUACCAAGUCAGAUUGUGCAAGGAUGGAAAAUGGACCACCGUACUUGUCGACGAUCUACUUCCCUGUGAUAAAAGAGGACAUCUUGUUUACUCUCAGGCGAAGAGAAAACAAUUAUGGGUACCACUAAUCGAGAAAGCAGUAGCUAAAAUCCAUGGAUGUUACGAAGCACUGGUUUCUGGUCGAGCUAUCGAAGGUCUAGCUACCCUCACGGGUGCUCCUUGCGAAAGUGUACCGUUACAGCCUUCCGCUUUACCAAGUGAAGAUGAAUUAGAUAAAGAUUUAAUUUGGGCACAGCUUUUGUCGUCAAGACAAGCUAUGUUCUUAAUGGGUGCUAGCUGCGGUGGAGGCAAUAUGAAAGUUGAUGAAGAAGAAUAUCAACGAAAAGGACUUCGUCCAAGGCACGCAUACUCAGUGUUGGACGUAAGAGACGUACAAGGAAUAAGAUUGCUACGACUGCGCAAUCCUUGGGGCCACUAUAGUUGGAAAGGAGAUUGGUCUGAUGAUAGUCCAAUUUGGACAGCGCAACUCCGAGAGAUGCUUAUGCCUCAUGGCGCAUCAGAUGGUGUAUUUUGGAUAUCAUUUGAUGACGUUUUAAAGUACUUUGAUUGCAUUGACAUCUGCAAAACGAGAGUUGGAUGGAGCGAAGUUCGUCUGCGGGGUACUCUACCACCUUUGUCGUCAUUGAGACACUUAUCAUGCGUUUUGCUAACUGUACUAGAGCCUACCGAGACCGAAUUCACGUUAUUCCAAGAGGGUCAAAGGAAUUCAGAAAAAUCUCAGCGUUCUCAAUUGGAUCUAUGCGUAGUGGUUUUUCGGACCCGGUCGCCAGCAGCACCAGAAGUUGGUCGACUGGUAGAGCACAGCAAACGUCAAGUUCGUGGCUUUGUUGGUUGUCAUAAAAUGUUGGAAAGAGACCUGUACAUUGUGGUGUGCCUUGCUUUUAACCACUGGCACACUGGUAUGGAAGAUACAUCAAGUUAUCCGGAAUAUGUACUUGCAAUUCACAGUUCGAAGAGACUGUUGGUCGAACAAAUUUCACCACCAGCAUUCGUGUUGGCUGAUGCUAUCAUCAGCUUGACAUUAGCCAAGGGUCAACGGCAUGAGGGUAGAGAAGGCAUGACAGCCUAUUACUUGACGAAAGGUUGGGCAGGCUUAGUCGUAAUGGUUGAAAAUCGUCACGUGAACAAAUGGAUACACGUAAAAUGUGAUUGUCACGAAAGUUAUAAUGUCGUGUCUACCAGAGGGCAGCUCAGAACAGCCGACAGCGUACCUCCGUUGCAUAGGCAAGUCAUCAUUGUCUUAACACAACUAGAAGGCAGUGGCGGUUUUUCAAUAGCUCAUCGACUAACACACAGAUUAGCGAAUAGUGGAAACUUACAUGACUGGGGUCCGCCAGAUACUCAACACUGUCCACCCAUAGACACUCAAGUCGAAGGUCUUCAUAGUCCUCGUUUGAUAACGUGAACCUGUAAAAUCACCAAAUGCAAUUUUUAGCAUUUAACAUGAAAAUUGUGAUUGUGAAUCUUGAUGUGCGAACAAAUAUAUUUCUAGAGCCUAAGGAUCUUCCGGGGAAAAAAAGAAAUUUCCGAUUAAAACCAUUGCUUUAUACCGGAAGUGUGCAGAUACCUAAAUCGUUUAGACUACCUUUGAAUAUUUUUCUCGCACAAACGAAAUUGCAAAUUUCAACAGAAUUUAAACAUUGUCGAGACUCGUAUGCAGUAUAAACAACUAAUUUCUCACAUAUACGGUAUUUUUUGAUGUUUGAGUCUCCGUUGAAAUAAACCUUGUUGAAAAUUAUUACUUGAAAAGUUCAAACUGAAAACGUUAUAUUACAUACUGUUAUUCAGUAUCGGAAUAAAUCUGCUUACACAUAACAUUCUGCACUUUUCCUUGGCAGGGUAUAUUUUUUAAAUACUUGGAUGCGCUUUCAGAGGUUCUAUAUUUGCAUCAAAAGCAACCGUACUUGAAUAUGAGACAUACUCAGUUGAUAGAGAGUUUCAACUAUAACUUAAUGAUUAAUUUUCAAAAUAGCAAGUUGUAUUUCAAAUUACACCUCACGCGAAUCUAUUUAGUAUGUGGCUAAAAUAAGAUAAAAGGCUAACUCCGAAUGACUGUCAAGUAUAGGUAUAGUCAAAUGGGUGGUAUAACGCUAAUGUGCUUGUACGUCUUUGUUCUACAUGAAUUGUAUUCUAGUAUCGUACGGCAUCCGCGUACGUCAUGACUGUGCAUCGUAGUAAAAAAGUAUUCUAACUUGUAUGGAGUUAUUAUCGUUUCUGUAAAACGUUCUACAAUCUAUACGCGUGUGUCCCCACUUCCGCAACUCAGACUCAUCAGACCAAAAGAAUUGUGAUCUGUUAAUGCAUAGAUCAUAGCCAUGUGAUCUUCCACUCGCCAUAUAAAAUAACUAAAUAAUGAUAGAAAGACUUCACAUAAGUUCAUAGACUUCUUCUUAUUAGGUGUAUAUAAUUAUUCAAAUGCUAUACAAUUCAUAAACAUCUUUCUUGAUGAAUGAUUUGAGAACAUCAGCGUUAUAUUGCCCAUUUAAUUAGGCACGUAUGAAACAGUUGAGAGUGCGAUGGGAAUACACCCAGGAUCUAAAGGCACUCCAUGCCUUAUUGAACAUACUCAAUGCCCUUAAUGCCUUUCUCCGUUUGCGUGAACAUAUAUCACUUUUGGGUCUAACAGAAUCCAUCUUUCAAAAAAUACGCACUUUUAUUAUAUUUGAUAUUUUUAAAUGGUCGUUUAGCAACUACUUGAGGACACUUCAGCUGUAUAAUUGUUUGAAGAUAACAGGUUUAUGACCUAGAUGUGUUACAAUAUUACUUACUGUACAGUUCCAAUGAAACACAUAUUAUGCAAUUUCUAAUAAUGAGAAAUUUAUCUUCACAGAAGGUUCAAUAAGUUUAUUCUGACUGGUUUAAAAUACUCUCAUUUCGAACUGCAUAUAAUUUUUGUUAUUUGGAAAUAUUUACAGAACAAACCAAGGAAGUAGAGUAUGUACAAUUAUUAUAUUAUAUCUUCCUGCAUUUACACGUAUCAUACUUUUUGUCACAGAAUUGAACUUCAAGAGAGGUAUAAAGGAAAGGUACACGUUUGACCAUGCAUAUUAUGUCAAUGAAGUUGUGUAUAACUUUGUUGGAGGUGUAUUGGAAAAAAAGUAAAUUUUAGUUUCAUGCGAUUACACUGACUUGAAACAUAUUUUUAUGCGGAUAUCACAGGCUUUAGAUUUUUCGUAAUAAUAUAACUUAUUUAAUAUUUACCUCCUGUGUUCUAAACCUAUCUC